UUCGUCCGAAUCACAGCCAAUUUCAGUGGCUACAGCUCGAUACGUGUACCGAUCCACUAGUGUCCAACGCUCACUCCAAAGGCCAAAUCAAACAGGAAGGCAUGGCGCUCGCGGAGGGGAACGGCGCGGUCAGCUUCGGCGAGGAGCAGGAGGCGCUGGUGCUCAAGUCGUGGGCCAUCAUGAAGAAGGACUCCGCCAACCUCGGCCUCCGCUUCUUCUUGAAGAUCUUUGAGAUCGCGCCGUCGGCGAAGCAGAUGUUCUCGUUCCUGCGCGACUCCGACGUGCCGAUCGAGAAGAACCCGAAGCUCAAGACCCACGCCAUGUCCGUCUUUGUCAUGACGUGCGAGGCGGCGGCGCAGCUUCGGAAGGCCGGGAAGAUCACCGUGAGAGACACCACCCUAAAGAGGCUGGGCGCCACGCACUUCAAGUACGGCGUCGCAGACGGCCACUUCGAGGUGACGAGGUUCGCACUGCUUGAGACGAUAAAGGAGGCGGUACCGGCUGACAUGUGGAGCCCGGCGUUGAAGAACGCCUGGGCCGAGGCUUUCAACCAGCUGGUCGCGGCCAUCAAGCUAGAGAUGAAGCCCGCUGCCUGAACUACUCGACUUCCAAGUCCCCCCAUGAUGCACCAUCUCCAAUCUACCGUUUCUGCUUGCCGAUUGACAUUGUGUGACUCUGCACUGCGUUUUCAAUAUUUCUCGCAGGAGAAGUGUGUAUUUAAUUUGUGCGAGCGCGCACUGUUGUUCCUUAAUUUUGUGAUGAAUCGUCAAUAAAGAUGUACUUCCGUCUGCCAAGCUA